UUCCAUGUUUAUGUAUCCCAAAGCUCGAGAGAAAACAGAAGAAAAUAUUAAAAAGAAAACACCAGAAAUCUAAGUAGAAAGAGAUGAUGAAGUUCAAGUCUAAGAGAUUUGGGAUUAGAUUUGGUUUUGGUAAAAGAACCAACAACAAAGGCACACAACAAGAUCAGCAACAAAAGGGAUUGGGUAAUAGCAACAACAAUAUUAGCUGCUGCAAUAAUGAAAUCAAAUGGGAACUUAGACCAGGAGGUAUGCUUGUUCAAAAAAGACAAGAGAGCAUUGGUGAUGACUUGAUCUCCAUUAGAGUCUCUACUUUUGCUACUUUUCAUGAUCUAUCCAUUGAAGCAACCUCCACUUUUGGAGAACUUAAGAUGGUACUAUCACUGCUCACUGGUCUAGAGCCAAAACAACAAAGGCUAUUAUUCAAAGGGAAAGAAAGAGAGGAUGAUGAAUAUCUACACAUGGUUGGUGUUGGAGAAAAAGACAAGGUGUUGUUGUUAGAAGAUCCUGCCUUCAAAGAGAAAAAGCUUCUUGAUCGUAACAACAUUUCCGCUUCUUGUCUCACUAUAAUCGUAUAAACAACUAAACAAAUUUGUCAAAUUAGUUGCUUGUUAAGUACUUCUAGGUAAAAUAUAAAAUCAGCCAAGAAAUAGUUGCUUGAUAGGAUUGUCAUGCAUAAUGCACUAUACUAUUAUAUAAAUUUCUAUAUUGAAUUUGUAAAAUUAAUGUUUGCAUGUAAUACUCCAUGUGUUCCUAAAUAUAGGAUGUUUAGAAUAGUUUUUAUGUUCCAAUAUGUAGGAUGUUCUCGUAUUUUUAUGUAACUUUAAAUUUAUCAAAA